UUACUUUGUCAUAGUCGGCUUAGACAUUUCCUGCUGCGAAGUUUACAUUGAUGAUCAGAGCCAAUUAAAUUUGAGAAUAAUGUCAAGAUUUUUUGAAAAUUUGUUCGAAGAUUACAGUGAUUCUAAACAUGCUGAUACGGAGUUAAUCGAUAAAGAUAAAGUUAUUCAGCUAGUGAAAAACUAUGUUCAGACAAUUCUCGUAGAAACCAAGAAAAACACUUACAAGCUUCGAGAUGAUCUGUAUGUGGGAGAUGCCGGCAUUGCAUUCAUGUUUUGGAAAUUAAGCCAGUCGUCCGAUUUGAAGGAUUUAUUUCCUUGCUUGGAGCAUGCCUCGUUUUUCAUAAAUCGAGCCAAACAAAUCGCACACGGAAAGGCAUCAGAUAGCAGAGCAUCCAUCGCAUUUCUUUGUGGCAAUGCCGGAAUUGCAGCCGUUUCGGCUGUAAUUUCAAAUGAACUUGGAAAAUCAGAGGAAGUAUCCCGAAGUGUUGUGGAUUUCCAGAAGGGUCUUAAAGUUUGCAAAUCGAUGAGCUAUGAUGCGGACGAAAUCCUAGUAGGAAGAGCCGGGUAUCUUAGUGGUGCAUAUUGGCUGAAUCAAGUUUUACCUACGAAACCGAUACACAAUGAGCUGAUCAAAGAUGUGUGUAGUGUUUUGGUAGCAAGAGGACGUGAAUAUUCCAUAAAAAGGAAAGCCCCUCUCCCAUUGAUGUACGAGUAUCACGAGAGUGAUUAUCUAGGAGCCGCUCAUGGUUUAUGUUCAAUCCUUCAUAUGCUUCUGGAGUCACCUUGGUUUAUACAAUCGGACGGCAAGUUCAAUAAUAUUUCAAAAACAAAAUUGGGAGACAUCAAAAAAUCAGUAGAAUACUUUGCCGAUAUUCAGGAUGCUGACGGAAACUUUCCAACGAGACUAUUCAAUUCGGAUAAAAAGUUGAUCCACUGGUGUCAUGGUUGUUCUGGUGCAAUCUACGUAUUGGCGAAGGCUUUCCUGAUAUUGAAAGAUGAACGCUAUCUUAAGGGAUGUAAAAAGUGUGCGGACUCUAUCUGGCGACAUGGUCUAUUGCGGAAAGGACCCGGGAUUUGCCAUGGAAUCGCUGGCAGCGGAUACGCCUUUUUGCUCAUGUACCGGCUCACAGGAGAACGAAAAUACCUCUACAGGGCGGCUAAAUUUAUGGAAUUUUUGACAUCGGAUACAUUUUUGGAUGGUGCCAGAACUCCUGAUCGUCCCUACAGCCUGUAUGAAGGUUGUGCUGGAACUGUCUGUUUUUUGGCCGAUUUACUAAACCCUCAAGCAUCGUAUUUCCCAUUUAUGGAUGUUUUCAGCGUAAAACAUAACUCUGAAUAAAACAUGUCGAAUAAAGAUUCUCAAACAGGC